UUACGGAAAAAUGGGUUCCCCAGAACCGCAGCCCCGCUUUGGCCAGUCCGUUAAAGGUUUAUUGUCCGAGAAAGUGGGUUCUUGUAGUGGGGACGUGAUUGCCCUCACUCGUCAAGUGCUAAAGGGGUCACGAAGCCAAGAGCUUCUAGGUCAGGCAGCACGGAAUAUGGUCUUGCAAGAAGAUGCCAUACUGCAUUCCGAGGAUAGCCUGAGGAAAAUGUCAAUUAUAACCACCCACUUGCAAUAUCAGCAAGAAGCCAUUCAGAAAAAUGUGGAACACUCCAGAAACCUUCAGGACCAGCUGAGACACUUACUGAAGUAAACUAUAUGUAGUUGGAAGUGAUGAAUAAGAUUUUCACAGCCUAAAGCCUUAUGAAGAGACUCCAGGACUCCGUCCCUGUCAGACACUUGUUUCUGAGAGGGUUUGUUCGCACUCUUUUGUAAAACAUUGCCAACUUGAUGAUGAGUUUUAAGCAUGCCCAUGAAUAUAGUUGUGUGCUGUCAGUAUCUUUGUUUAAGGUGACAAUUCUAGCUUUUCAGCCAAACUUUCUGGUUACCGGAAAAGCCUGGUGGAAUUCCAUUUACAUCACGGUAUGUUCAAGAUUAAAGGUUUAUAAUGACAAUGAAAUAUGUCACAUAAUGAACAAAUGCUCUGUCCGCUCAAUGUAAAUACAUUAUUUGGGCUUAGAUAAACUUGGCGUACACCAUUUCUUGCUACCUUUCUUGUGUCAUCUUCCAUUAUGUUAAUGGUUGAUUCUGCUAGCGAUGAUAAGGGGCGCAAGCGCUGCCAGCACUAUUUUACUGUGCUGCUCAGUACCUUUGUAUUGACAAAAUAUGGUAGCAAAUGUUACAGUGGAAAUACAAGGGAUUUGUAGCAUAUAAUGGUUGCAUAUUAAUUGUUGGCUGUGUUGUUUUUUAUUAUUAUUUUUUCUUGUCUAGCAGUUGUUGGAUUAUCUCAGUGGAUGAGGGUAAUGUUACAUAAGGACAGAAUAGAGCUCCACCAGGAGAGUUUUGGAAAAGAGUGUGAGAUGAGCUGGUGGCUCAGUUGUUGAACAGGUAUUACAGGGCCCAUGCAAGUGCAUAGUCUAAAUAUAAUUUCUUUUCAUUUUCCUUGCCGUUUUGUACAGAUUGUCUAUUUUGUCAUUUGUCUUCUGUGAAUGUCUUCAUUGUAGCCUGGGAACCUCACCACUGCAAAUAAA